AUGCAAGUAGCUGUGCCACGCGGGGAGACGGGGACGAGGGCCGCUGUCCCGCACAUGGAGACUCACUUUGUCAAUGGCAUGGCCGGCGUGUGGAACGUCAUGGCGCAGCUUGUCAUCCACAUCUUCUUACUCGGGUCAUGGUGUUCCUUGGAGUCCACGGAGAGGUGCUCGCGCUGGGACGCAGGCAGCGAGCAGGUCUUGAGGAGCGACGACUGCGGCGACGAGGGCGCGAGUCAGAACAGCAUGUUGGUUUACCUGCAGCAGCGCGCAACAGCACUGAUGGCGUUGUCCAGCAUAUUUUGUGGCGGCCUUGGGGCCAUUUACUUCCACAUGGUGAAGGACGGCGUGGAGGGCAACGUCCAGGGCCAUUGGAAAACGAGGAGCCUCCCGCUGAUGUGGCUGAUCAUCGAGAUCGAGGUUUCAGUGUUUGGCCUGGCGCAGUCCUUCAUCUUCGGAGCCAUGCCGCUCUGGAUCGCCUGCCUACGCAUCAUCGGCGGCAUCAGGUUCACUCACUCAGUGGUUGGCAUGGUUGGGCGGAGUGAAGAGAGCGCAGCCCGGUCAUGUAGAGAGCUGUGA